GCAAGACUGCGCGCUAGGGGCGGAGUUGGCAGAAAGCUCUCAAGGAAAACUUGUGAGUCAGUUUAGUGAGACCGAGGGCAACCGUGGACUACACAACUCUCACGAGCAAAAACACAGAACUUAACUUUUGGACUUGUGAAAGACCGCAUGUGUACCCUACUCGACCCGGCGAGUCAAAAUGUAGCUACCCUAAUCCGAGACGCGCUUUGGAGAUUUUGGAGACGCGUAACAGCGCAUGAAAUGUACAUGUGGAAAGUAUGAUUGUGGGAUUUUUGACAGCGAUUGAGGAAGUCAUCAUUUUACGCAAUGCGCCUGAGCGCAUGAUUUGAGUUGAACCUCAACCCGCAUGUGAAAAAAACUUGGUGAAGAUGAACGAAACGAGCACGGGGCCUGGCAAGGAAGGUAGGGACCCUACCAUCCCGGUCAUUAUGUUCAUAUUUGGCGUGGUCGGGAACGUAAUUGCUAUCGUGGUGCUUCGGAAAUCGCGGAAAGAGCAAAAAGAGACUACUUUUUACACCCUGGUGUGUGGACUUGCCGUAACUGACCUCUUGGGAACACUCCUCGCAAGCCCAGUCACCAUUGCCACCUAUGUGAAGGGAGAGUGGCCCGGUGGGGACCCGCUGUGUCAGUAUUCAGGCUUCAUCUUACUCUUCUUCUCCUUGGCAGGUCUCAGUAUUAUCUGUGCCAUGUCCGUCGAGAGGUACCUUGCUAUCAAUCACGCGUAUUUCUACAACCACUACGUGGACCAGCGGGUGGCAGGCUUGACCCUCGCGGUGAUCUAUGUGUCCAAUGCACUCUUCUGCGCUCUUCCCAGCAUGGGACUGGGAUCCGUGGUUCAACAGCAUCCAGGAACCUGGUGCUUCAUUGACUGGCAUAGCAACAACAGCUCGAACGCCACUUUCUCCUACAUGUACGCCAGCUUCAGCUCCGUCCUCAUCCUCGCCACAGUCCUCUGUAACGUGCUGGUGUGCGCGGCUCUCAUCAUGAUGCACAAGCGCUUCGUGCGCAGGACCUCGUUGGGGACGGACCAGGCGCGAGUCGCGGAGAUCAGGCGCAGGCGGAGUUUCGCGCGGCUGGCCGGCGCGGAGAUCCAGAUGGUCAUCGUUCUCAUAGCCACGUCUAUUGUCGUGCUCAUCUGCUCCAUACCUUUAGUGGUGCAGGUGUUCGUGAACCAGCUGUAUCAUUCUCCAGGAAAUACGCCAGAAAAGCUGAAACCAGACCUUAUGGCCAUCCGAAUUGCCUCUAUCAACCCCAUCCUGGACCCCUGGAUCUACAUCCUGCUGAGAAAGACAGUUGUGCAGAAGAUUCUAGAAAAGAUCAAGUGCCUCUUCUGCCGUAUCGGUGGGAGGAGGCACGGGAGGAGCCCUACGGAGUUUCAUUGUGGAAACGGCAUCCACAGCUCAUCGGUCAUGUCCCGUGAUUUCCCGCCGCUAGUGCUGCCCGAGCUGCCGGAGGUGAUCAGCACAUCACAGAUGUACCUGUAUCCCCUAGAAGUGGGACAGGAAAUGGGCUGCUGCGGGGGCUCUGUGCAGAGCAGGACGUGUUCAACUUCAACCGAGCAAACCCUUCUGCGGGACUCUCAGGUGGUAGAGCUCAGCAGUGGAGAAAACAGCACGGAAACAGACUUUGUGAAAUCACAUUCGUGCACGGACUCCGACACAAAUGAAGCGCAGUGCUCCAAGCACCAGCCGCUUCAAGUGACCUUUACAGAUGAGACUUUGAGCUUACAAGAAAGAAGCAUAUGAAACAUGUUGAAAAACUCACUUAAUUCAGCAGAAUGCGAAUGGAAUCCGAACUACUCUGAGUGAAAAUAGAAAGAUUUCCUAAAAACUCAUGAGAAAGACCAAUUAAAGGACUAAACUUGGUGCAAGAAGGUGAAAAAAGUGCUUACUAAAAUAGGAAAAAGAAUCUUACUACAUAUCUGGGUCAAAACUUUGCAAGAUGAGGCUCCGGAAAGGGUGAAAGAGCAGAGGAGGAUGGAGAGGCAAACUGGCCUCAUUUUCUGGUAGUAACUCACACAAUUAAUUUCAAAGGAAAUGUGUUUUGUUGGGCAUCAGGUUAUGCUGACUGCAUAUUCUAGACGGCAAGGCGAAUGACUGAGCUCUGAUAAAUGUGUUUUUAGUUUAAUGGAAGUUCUUGUUAAAAGGCCUUCGUAUUAGACAAAUAAAUUUCCAUUGGGCCUUGAUUGACUGAUUUGAUUGACCCAGGCAAAGGGGAUUUUUCUUCUUCAGAAAUUCCGAAUCUUGAUUAGAUUUGAUGGACGACCUUGUGGGUUGUACAUGUGAGCAAAUAUCAACUGCCCUGCUUCAAGUUCCCUUUUUGCAGACAUUCUGGUGAGAUCUCCGUUAGGUCAAAAGUUCAAAGUAACCAGAGUGCCUUGUUAGCUUUUCUCAUGCUGGAAUUUGUGGUUUAAAAUUUCCAUUUUCUUAUGCUAAGGUGGUCAGAACACUUUUCAUUUCCAUUGGUGCAUAAACAACUGUCCACUAUUUCAAACUUACCUAAGAUGUAGCCAAGUGUACAUUCUUUGGAAUUUCCAUAAUAUGUACAAUAUAUUCUGUGAAUUAACCAAGCAAUUUCAUAUCAACGUUUACUGACAGUACCACCAUCACAAAAUAUAUAAUGUACCGAAUCAUACAAUGUAAGAGCACAUGAUACACAGCACAUCACUGUUAAUAGAGUUUCUUUUUGUUGCUACCUGAUCUCAUGAGGAAAACGUACCUGUAGGAACCUUUUUCCCAAGCUGCGAUAUACAAACCAACAAGUACUUAUCACUGCAGUUUCCAGCAGAAAUCCUGUGAAAAACAUGACUCAUGAUGAAAGAGCUGAAAGAUGAGAGAUCGAAAAACAAGCUGAAACGCCAUGCUUGCAAAUGCGUUUUUACCUCAUAUUCGCUUUUGUUCAUACUAUUGGCUAGGCUACCAUAUGUACUUUCAUAUGUUCCGGGGAAAAAACUAAACACUCUUUUAGCGCCUCUCAAUGGACAUUUCACAUCGAAUAUGUCACAAAAUGUAUAGGGCGGUACGUAUUCGUAUUUCGCAUCUUGCCGAAAAGUUCCCACAGGUACGUUUUCGUCAUGAGAUCAGAUAGCUUUGUUUCUUUCAAAGUAUAUGUAGAUGGUAGAAUGUAUAGUGAGGAGGUGAAAUUGUAAAAGCUAUCAAGAUGUUGAAUGUCUUUUAAGGUCGUAUAUUUUGCACUUUUAAAUUCUUGUAACCACUGAAGAAAAUUUGACAACUUACUAUCACUAAGGUGUUGAUUAGUCAGUGGUCAUCAAGAAAAAACUAUCAAGUUCAUCUGUACAUGCUUGUGAUGUUAAAAUGUGAACGCUGUCUUACGCUUUAAUUUAUUGUAGUUUUUUUAGACAAUCUGUAAUUAUUUCUUCUCUGUGAGAAGGUCUAGUUCGACUCAUGUUGAAGCAGUUAUAUGGUUUUUGUUUCAUUUCACAUUUUCUGUGUGUAGAAAAACAGUACGAGGCAUGAUUAUCUGCUUUUCUUAGCACCAUCAUCUGCUGCAUGUACAUAAAUGAUUCAACCUUA